AUGUCAGCCUCCAUACGUUUUGAUCGGCGAAAAGAGUCAUGCUUAAAAUCAGUGGAUUUAAGUAAAAAGGGUAGCAUAGACGAGGCGAUUAUCGAUCUUGUCAACUACAUUAAUCAGCAUGAACAGUAUUUUACUACUAGUUCAUGUUCCGGACGGAUAAGCAUUUUUACAGAGGACAGUGAAUCUAGUGUAAGGAAAAAAGGCUGUAAAUGGUUGUAUGUUACACAUGGUUCUGCUGACAUCAAUGGUGUGAAAGAAUCAGUGCAUGACAUCGAAGAUGAUGCUACAUUGAAAUUUGAACCAUUUGUUUUGCAUGUACAAUGUAGAACAUUGGAAGAUGCAAGGCUAUUGCAUCAAGUUGCAAUUGAAUCAGGUUUUCGUAAUUCUGGAAUGUCAAUCGGUAAAAGUGGUAAAAUAAUUGCAGCUGUUCGGAGUACCCAUGGACUUGAGGUUCCUAUAGCAGCCAAAUCUAAGCUUAUUGUCUCUGUGCAAUAUAUUGAGUACAUUAUUAAACUAGCCAACCAAAAACUAGAAGAAAACAUGGCAAGAAUUGACAGGUUCUUCACCAAUUUAAAAGCACAUAUGGCAGUGACAAACGACAAGUCAACACUCGCUGCUCAGAUAAGUGGCAAGUCAAGAAAGAAAACAGUUGUCUGCGAAUACUGUCAUAGAAAACAGAGCAACAAAUAUGAGCAGAAACAUUUUGAUCACAGCAAUCCAACUUGUAAAACUCCUCGCAAUGUGGACAGUCCACAGAAUAACUCUGACUUGGAUCCGGAGGAUAUUGCAGGACUAUUUGACACUUGAGACAUAUUUUUAUGAAAAUUGAAGAUAAUUUAUUCAUGC